UCUUACCUCUUGCAUUUGUCAAAGCACCUGUCUAGGAUUAAUUUAGCCAACUCUGCAUUCUACGAAUCUGCAUUCUACGACUAUCUAGGACAACAUUCACUUCAUGUCCAUCUCGCAAAUAAUAAUAAACGGAUAAAGCCCUUCCAAAAGGUGCUGAACUUGAGAUGCUUGAGACUGCUAAGUUAUCACUUGUUUUGAUGCUUUUUCAAUGGCAUUUGGCUACUUCAAAUCCGAACGUCCUCUAUCGCUUUGUUAUGGAUCAAGGCGAUGAAGACAACGCAAAGGCAUUUUACGCAGAUGACAAUGCGAGAUGGAGAUCGCGUGAUGGCAACGCGUCUAAUGGCCGUUUGGGAGUAUUGAGUAUCGAAAACCCGGGCUACAAAGCCGUGCACAUGGAACAGCCUUCGUGUCUGACGAAUCUGGGUAGCGACAGCUGUGAAGGGGGCUUAGGCAUUAGCUUUUGGCUGCGCUAUAAAGGAUUCAUCUCAGCGAUUCUCGGCGACGUGACAAGCUAUCACACGAAGCUCCAGGGUUACCUGUCAAAUGCGAGUCCUAGCGGAGCACGCUGGGUUAAGUGUUACCGCGCAUAUGAACAUGGCUGGAGCAUGAGCGAGUUUCAUCGCCGCUGCGACUUCAAGGGUCCGACAUUGACACUGGUUAAAGUGCGCGACGAGGCUGUAUUCGGGGGCUAUUCAUCUGCCAGCUGGGGAGGACCAUCUGGUUCCCGAAAAGGAGCAACAGGAGGUGAAGGCGCAUUUGUUUUCUCUCUACUCAAAAAAGGCCAGUUUUCUGACUAUAAACACCCAAUAACCAACGGAGAAGUGCUAUUUACCGACCCAGUAAAAGGACCAAAGUUUGGGACUUUGCUCGAUUUAGGAGAGCACCCAGAAAAUGAGAACCACGCGAGAGGUGUCAUCCAACUUUCAGGGACUGAAGAAUUUGGCCUGUCUGAUAUGGAAGUCUUUUAUAUGGACUCGUUUUUGCCAUUGGGAAUGGGCGAUGGAAGAAUUCCCAAUAGUCAGAUCGUUCCUUAUGCUGAUCAAGUUCGCAUGAGCGAUCAUGGGAGCGGUAUGGACAUUUCCCAAGGUUCCACUGUCAGCAUUACCUUUCCAAUACCACAAAAGAUAAACGGAUUCGCUAUCCGUGGCUCAAGCGCGAAAUACGUGUCUAAACUAUCCAUCAAAUACCAGGACCUGAGGCAAUCAUCAACCUUGAUGACUUACAGUGAAAACGGUGAAGGCAAGGUAUACACCUUAUCAGACGGAGAUAGAAGACAGUUCGUAUUCAAGUCCUCCAUAAUUGCGACCAAAGUCGAAUUCACUGCAGUUGAAAUUUCAAGCGGCGUCGGAUCUAUUGCUUUGGAACUGUAUGGACGGCUGCUGACUGAAGGUGGUUCCUGUAAUAAACCUCUAGGAAUGGAAGCGGAAACUAUACUAGAUGGUCAAAUAACGUCAAAACUUCCACAUAAAGAUGAGUACUCGCCACAAAAUGCUCGUCUUAACAUGAAGUCAGGAGAUGAGAAUUGUUGGCGGGGGGAAAAAGACCGUUCUGAUUACAUACAGAUUGACCUUCUCGAUGUUUAUACAAUCACCGCCAUAGCUGUCCAAGCUUGCACGGACAAAAAUGCGUACACAAAAUUGUACUUUUUGCAGUACAGCAUUGAUGGGUCAUCGUAUGAAUACUACAAUGAUUCAAGUGGCUCAAUAAAGGAAUUCACUGGUAACACUGAAGACAAUAAUGACAUCAAGAAAAGCGAGUUAAACCCCUCUAUUGUGGCUAGAGCUAUUCGUAUUCAGCCAAAAGUAUACAAAGAUCGUCCUUCUGGUAGAUUUGAGCUGUAUGGAUGCCCCUUGGAAGACGACGCUCCGGUGUUCUCUACUGGAGACUACGCAGAAAAUAAACUGGGUUUCGCCGUGACUGUAACUCCCAACGACACACUCAAGCUGGCCAUGACGAAAAUUCCAUCGGGUGUUUCUUCUGUAAUGACCACACCUUUCCCUGUAGCAACUUGGAAUCGCGUCACUUUGGCGAUAUUGGAUGAUUCUACAACCUUUAUAUCUGUAAAUUAUACGUCCGUGUUUCAACUGGCGUAUAAAGGUUCUGUGGAAUCCAGCGUCAAUAAAAGGGUGAUAUUUGGAAACAACUUUGACAGUAUGAGAACAGAGAACCUCCAGAUUUCAGAUUUCCUUGCGUGGACAAAAGUUACUUCUAUGGAUCAAUUCAAGACUCUCCAUUAUGAGUAUGAUGGUUAUAACUUUAAUCAAGCAUAUUCGGAUACGGGGAACAGGCGGGGUACAUAUGUAACCCUAUCUAAUUGGGUUAAGAUGUCAAGUUGUGUCGCCAGCCCGCCCAGAAACUUGUGCUCCGGUAGUAUUGGGUCCGGAUUUCUAUACCUUGAGUCCUCUUCUCCGCGGCAAAAGGGUGAAACUGCGGUCAUCGAGAGCAACAAUCGCAUCAGUGUCUACCAGUGUUUUUCCUUCUCGUACCAUAUGCACGGUCGAAACAUGGGUAGACUUAACCUGUACGUGAUUGACGCUGCUUAUGGUACUAAGCGGUUACUGUGGAGGCUGACGGGCGAUCAGGGGGCUGGCUGGAAGAAAGCCUACGUGUCGAUUGACCAAACAAGCGCUUACAAGGUUCGGAUCGAGGCGGUUGUUGGGGACGGCUUCAGUAGUGAUGUCGCUAUCGAUGAACUACGUUUUGACCAGACUUCCUGUAGCACCACACCCGUCAUCGCUGUACCUGGAAAAUUACCUUCCGGUUUCAGAAAGUCUUCAAUACUAAGUCAUCACGGGAACAUGAAUUGGCUUUCCUCACAAAUCAAUUUGGAAAUAGGAAACAGGGACAGGUUUUGGGCUCCAUGCUUUGUCAAAUCUCUGGGCCAUACACUUGAUGUCUUCUCUAACAAUUGCACAAAGAAAGGACCGACAGUUACACUCAUCCGCAAGGGGAAAUACAUCUUUGGCGGCUUCACUGACCGCUCAUGGAGAAACCACGGCGCGCCCGAGUCUUCCAGUACCAAGUCAUUUAUCUUUAGUCUCGUUAGUCCUUCUACCUCGACGCCGCAAAAAUUUCUCCUUAAGGCAAACAUGACAAAAGCUGCUAUAUCGAUCAUCGACGGAGGGCCUGUGUUCGGGGGAACUCCAUCGUUUGACCUAAAAAUUGAUGUCGAAACCUCCUCCGUACGGGUACAGAUUGGUAAUUCCUACGAUCCACCGGUAACUCAAGGUGGAUCAUCUGUAGCAUCUGCGGCCGAAUUUUUCGUAGGAGCAAGCGAAUUUACUGCAGAUGACAUUGAAGUCUUGUACAUAGGUGAUCACGUGUGCGAUCAGUGGUGUGGUAUUCCCGGAUGGGAUUGCGAUGACGUCACUGGAAAAUGCCUUUGCAACUUCGAGGAUCGUAACGUCGAAUGGUGUCUAGAAGGUAAGAGUCAGUCGUCAUUCUCGUCGUAUCACCAUGAAAGCGAGUACUACAACGACCUGAAUGUUUUACCCUCAACCCAAUCGGGGGCAAGCAUAAUGCCUCAUGGCAUCAGUCAGAAAGCCGUGAAUAUCGAGGGAAGCAGGGCCUAUGUGGAUCUCGGCAGCUACAAAGGCUCGUGUAUAUUUGAUGAUAGCGCUGCAGGACUGUCAGUCUCAGUAUGGUUGAGAUAUGAUAACAAAACCAGGCAGAUUCUUUUCAGCAUCGGCCAAGAUCCAUUCGAGGGUUCACGGCUGUUUCUCUUUCUAAAUAAUUCGUCUACCGAUAAUUUGACUGUCGCUGCACGAUUCCUAAACAAAACAAACCACUACUCAUUCCAAGUGCCAUGGAACCUUUGGGCUCAUCUAGUGAUAUCAUGGUCGACUUCCGACCAGUCAUUGACAGUGAUCGUAAACGGAAAGCCAGUCGAUACUCUUUCGUAUCUUGUGUGCUUCGGGUGCCCACCUGUUAUCUCCUCGUAUAAUAUCCAUCUAGGAAGCAAUGAGGAACAGACGACGGGCGUGCAAUUUGAUGAGUUUGCCGUGUACUGUAAACCUCUUGAACUUGCUUCCAUCGAUUCGAUGUACAUCUUUUACAAAGGUGCGCUUGGUCUGCGAGCAAAUUACACUCUCCUAUUCCCGGAUAAGACUUGGAGUUAUUACUGGACAUCUCUUGAGUACAGUGGCUUGUUAGACCUACAAAACAAUUUGCUUAGAGAUAUCCGCGGAGUGUUCAGCGGAGAAGAUGAUGCGAUUCGCUCCGUGUGGAUUCAUGAGUGCAUGAAUAUUGAGACCAAAGUUGGCUGUAAAGUUGAAGUUCACUUCAAUCUAACCGGCUACAUAUAUGUUACUACAUUAAAUGAAGCCAUCGAUACUGGCCGUCUUAAUGCCCAACUCAAGCUGUUUGAAGUCAAUGAUGUACCAAGUACGCCCCUUACAUUGACUAGUACCGCGCACAACGGGACCUCCAUCUUAGUAGCGUGGACUCACCUGCUUGAGGACAAGCUGAACGGCAUUUUACAGGGUUACCUGGUCAGGUAUAAAGAAGCUACUCAGAAAGACUACUCCGAGUUGAACGUCUUACAGUAUACUACCAGCCACACCAUAUAUAACCUGACCCCCUACACUAUGUAUGAUAUAGGCGUUAGUGUAAUCAACCUCGAAGGCAUAGGAAUCGAAGCAGUUAUUCAAGCCAGGACCGGCGAAGAAGCUCCCAUCGCCCCGCCGGAUUCUGUUGUCGGACAGGGGCUGAACCAGUCCGCCAUAAAAGUGUUUUGGAAACCACCUUCCGGCAAGCUCACUGGAAUAUACCGGAGAUACCAAGUUUGCUUUAUGAAAAUGCAAGUGCCGCCCCAAGUCUUUACCUCGGCAGACAACAGGACAAUUGAAGCCAUGCCCAAUCAGACAGAUUUCAACGUCACUUUUGGCGGGCUUGAGGCCAAUACCAAAUACGUGUUCAUUAUAAGGGCUUUCACCGUUGAGUAUGGCCCGUUUAGUGAUGUUAAGUCCGCCAUGACAGUAGAAGGAGUCCCAACAGGGUCACCUGUUAAUUUUACUUCGCAUAACGGUACGGCGUUCGACCCCAAGCAUAACUGCUUCAUCACGUGGGACCCUAUUCCUGCGCAUUUACUUAACGGAGUACUGCUGACAUAUCGGGUGAUGUACCGCCUGCUCAACGCACCUGUAAAUGAGACCAGAGUUGUAGAACUUGGCGUGUCAUGUAAUUCGAGUCUACUGAUCAAGGGACUGGACUAUUUCUCAGUUUAUGAGGUUAGGAUCGCGGGCGCCUCCAGAGGUGGAGGCGGGGUCCACAGUGAUCCUGUGUACUGCUACACAGAAGGCAUAGCUCCUACUGGCCCCGUGUCAAAUCCGAAAUGCUUGACACCCACCAAGCACAGUUGCGCCAUACAGUGGGGGCCAGUGGAAACCUCCCUACAGAACGGGGUUAUGCUAGGCUAUAACAUCUCUUAUAUGGCUGGUGGCGCUCUCAAAUUUGUCGUGGUGGGCGACAGCAGCGUUCUGACGAAAGAGAUCAACGGUUUGGAUGUGUUUACAGAAUACACAUUCGUCAUCAGAGCGUACAACAAAUUUGGUUUGGGGAAUGAGACUCAAAUCACCUGUAAAAGUGGCGAGGGAGCCCCUCCUGAGAUACCUACCGAAGUUAUAGACAUUGGCCAAACAAAAGGAGCACGCUCAAGUGACAGCUGUUCAAUCAGUUGGAAAGAUGUCCUCUCUUCAACCGCGGGCAUCAUUCGUGGAUACCUACUCCUUGUACGCCACACGAACGUGACCGACCCCGCUAAGCAACUCCUAGGAACUUACGCGUUGUGCGCGGGUACAACACAGUUUACUGUACCUAACCUUAUACCGCAUAACAUGUACAGCCUUCGAUUAUCCGUAUUCACCACAGAACAUGGGAACUUCAGUGAGCCGCUUCAAUGCCUCACUGGUGAAGCAGCACCCGCGGUCGGUCCUAACAUCACGUGCCAAGAAAACGGAAACCAAUCCAUAACAAUUCACCUAGAGAUGAUUCCUCUCCCGCUACGGAAUGGAAUCAUUCGAGGAGUGUUUGUUUAUCAUACCAAAUUAGGUUCUGACUAUCCUCCUUCUGGAUUUGUGAGAAAUUGGCAGUUAGAGUACAAUCUGACUGAUCUUCAACCAUACACCCAAUAUGUGAUGAAAGUUCGAGCUUAUACUUAUACUAUAUACCCUGGGAACUUCAGUGAGGAAGUCACAUGCAGAACGGCAGAAGGAGUGCCUCAGACUGCGCCUGAGAGGAUCAGCGGUUACAACACAAGUACAUUCAGCAUCAAUGUCACGUGGUCUGCGCUGAAGGAGAAUGUCUCUGGCGUUCUUGGCGGCUAUACGGUGUUCUAUCGCAUGCGUGACGCGGGUAUUAACACCACAGUCAACGUGAGCUUGCCUAUACCCAACACACACGUGGAGAUCAAAGACCUUGAGGUUAACACUUCCUAUAUCUUCGAGGUUGCAGCGUUCACUGGCGCUGGCCAUGGUCCCAGGACCGCUCCUAUAAUUGUUUCUACGGAUAGCAAAGUCCUUCCGCCGCCGGGGGAAGUCCCGGCGAAUGUUAGUGAAAAGAACCAGACGGGAUCAUCAAGAGAAUGCUCCAUACAGUGGAGCCCAGUUGUUAGCACUGACCCUGACCCUGAUGCGGCUGUGAUUGGCUACAAUAUCUAUUACCGCGUGAAUGAUAACAAUAGCGAGUGGCAAAAACAAGUGCUGGAGGGGCUUAACACGACAUUCGACGUGACCGGCUUGGAGGAAUACACGGAGUACUUGAUACGCGUGUCUGCGUUCAACAAAUACGCGGAGGGCAACCGGAGCGAAGAGCUCACUUGUCAAACGCUACAAGAUGCUCCAAGUGCACCACCACAAAAUUUGUCAGGCGUUCCCGAGAGUUCCACAGCCAUCUCCAUCACUUUUGGCGAUAUUCCCGAAAGGGACCAGAACGGUGAAGUCGUAUAUUACCUCGUCUGUUUCUACGAAAGGGCCCUUGGCAACUCGACCAUACAAUGCUUAGUGGUGGAGAACACUAGAUCGCGACGGGAAGCCUCGUUCGACCAGCACAGCAAGACCAUCACUGGCCUCAAGCCUUACACGGAGUACGUGGUACAAGUGCUGGGCCAUACCAUCAAGGAUGGAGUGUACAGCGAUCCCAUUACCGUCACCACGGCUGAGGAUGUCCCAGCUCUACCCCCGACAAACUUCAUCGUGUUCAACACAAGCGAAACAAGCCUGAGACUUCAAUGGGAUCCCAUCCCAGAUGGCUACCUACACGGGGUCCUGCGCGGGUUCAAUAUAUCGUACUGGUUAUCAGACUUACCUGUUAACAUGACAAGCAUCAACAUCACGCCAGAUCAAGCUUUAACCGGGCCAGGAAAAACGGGAAGACGACGACGACGUUCAGUUGACGCACCAACCUACUCUUGGGAACUGACAGACCUGAAGAUAUGGUCAAAUUAUACCGUGCAGAUCAACGGCUAUACGAUAGGGGAGGGGGUAAAGACAAACAUGGUCAAUGUUACUACUGAUGAAGGAAUCCCUUGCCUACCGCCGGACUAUGUGACGUUUGAUGCUCCCUCCCAGACAUCCAUCUCUGUAUUCUGGACGCCUGUACUUAGACAUUGUCAGAACGGGAUCAUUCUGGGCUAUCGUUUGAGAUAUAGGAUCCUUGAACCUGGUUCACCAGUCAUAACGCUAAACUUCACCGCAGACCAGAACUACACGAUAGUAGAAGAUCUCGACAAGAAAGUGAACUAUACUUUCUCUGUGUCUGCCUUUACCAGGAAAGGAGAGGGAAAUGCUUCUUCUGAUUUGAUCCAGCCCGAUCAGUUUGGUCCCAAGACCUCACCACUUAACGUGACCGCAGAGAACUGGGUAACCCCUAACACAGUCCCAGUCCACUGGCAGCCUCUGGAUGAGCCCGAAAUAAUGGAAAAGCUUAUGGGAUACCGGAUAUCGUACAGACCUAUUAGUAUUGGCGAUGAGGUUGUCCGCAACAGGCCCUGGAAAAACAUCACCGUCCGAAAAGACAAGCAAACCACAUUUGUCAUUAAGGAUCUCAUAAACUACGUCAAAUACGAAUUCCGAGUGACGGGGUUCACCCGAGGGGGGGAUGGACCACACGAGGCUGCUAACGGGGAAACAUGCCAUUGCUACAAACGGGUGGCGGCAAACUACCGGAUCUUCCCGCCUUACGUGAUUGCAAGUUUAGGGUUGACGUCCGUGAACAUGUCUGGAAUGAUCCCUGAGAUACUGCGCAACUUGACAGUCUCCUGCUGCAGGACGUGUCGCCAACACGGACAGUCCUACGUGGAUUUCUUCAGGAAUGGACAAGGAGGACCUUCUUAUCAUACCAACGAAAAAGAGGUACAAAACUUGAUCGACAACAACAAUGACCUGAGCUUCCCUGUGUACGGCUAUCAGUCACAGAUUGUGUAUGAAGGCAUCUACAGGUUCAUCCCUCUUGUCGAAUCCCCUGGCUUUGCUUUACUUGUCAAGGAGCCUGACAAGAUAAACGCGUUUCGUGAGAUCAUGCUGUCUGUGCUUGGCACUUGGCCGUGCCUAUUGUUAACUGUGCUGAUGGCACUGUUGGCUGGAAUCGUCAUGUGGAUGCUGGAUACUACGGCCAAUCCAGAGCACUUCCCGACUACAGUUGUGUCCGGCUUUUGGAACGGAUGGUGGUGGGCGUUCAUCUCUAUGACAACCCUGGGGUAUGGCGACCGAGUUCCCCUCACUAACCGAGCCCGCGUGUUCACUAUAGUCUGGGUCCUAAUUGGUCUCGUCAUCUUUAGCAUUCUAAGCGGGACAAUAACUUCCGCCUUCACGUCCAUCGUGUUUGAGUCAGCUACUGGGAUCUACGGUACAAAGAUUGCAACACUUUCCGACACACCGGAAUACCGCUUUGCUGCUCGCCGACAGGCCAGGGUCAACAUAGAUAAAAAUUAUACUCGCUUCUUGGAUGUGGUGGAGGCCCUUAUGAGUCGAUCGGUGGAAGGGGUCCUUAUCGAUGCCUACGAAGCCGGAACUAAGAAGAAAGACUUAGCAGGAACAGGUGUUCGGAUUCAGAAGGUGUACGACUAUAAGUCUACAUAUGGUGUGGUACUGUCGGGCCCAUCUGUCCGCCUUUACAAGUGCUCUCGUAACUACAUGACCGCAUACAAGGCCGACAUGUACACUCAUAUUCAGAAGUUUGUCCAGGUUGUCGAGGCUGAUGCAUAUGACGAAGUUGUCGAGCUGUCUACGGGAUUGUUCGACAAGGACACACAAGCUUUUAAAGAUCUACUCUUUUACUCGCUUAUUGUGAUGGGGGCAUUUUGGUUUCUCGGGUUGCUGUGGGAACUUAGACGAUUCCUUAUGAAUCGCAAAGUUGAAGAGGGAUACGAAGCCCUUGAAGCGAAAAAGAAGAUGGAGUCGGAGUUAAGAGAAUUUGCUAACUCGUUUUACGAGGAUUUGAAAGAAACGAUAACUUCGAUGAGACAACGGCAUAAACAGGAGCGGCUUCAACUACUACGGCAAAUGCCCAAGUCGGCGAAAUCCACGCUGGCAAGGGAACUGAAAGCAUGACUUGAGCCGAGGCCAAGGUGCCCAUUCCCAUAAACUAAAGGAGGCAAACAGGCAUCUUAUUUACUUAAACUAACUUAAUAAAAUUAAGCAUCUCUGUACUUAAACAAAAACUUAAACGGAGGCCAACAAGCAGCACAUUAGUCUCCCACGCCGUCGUGACGUCUGCUUCGGAGGACAGUGAUUCUAUGAGGAUCGUUGAAAAAGAGCACUGCGACAAAAAGCUUUUUUUAUAUCUAGAAAAAAAAAUAGCUGCACGAGUCCUAUUAGAUGCUCUCGGGAUGCGCAUUAUUGCAAUCAACACAGAACGCUCGUAACCUUGGUGAUGCAAUCACCAAAGAAGCCAAGCAAUCAGGGGCGGAACCACGAGUUCCAUAAAAGGGGGACCGAAGCAAGGGCUUCAAGUAAAAGGGCGGUCAAGAAAAAGGGCCGGAA